GUGGACUUCAAAGGUGGCGAUUUCUGACUUCUGAGGAGUGAGCUUCUGAAAUGCCGUGCCAGUAAUAUUCAAACACUUCUCUUGUUCUAUUCCGAACCCAAACACAGUCUCUCCGAUCAGAUUCUAUCCACUGCGUCGUCGUAAUGGGCGGGAAUUUCAUCGGAACUCAGACGGUGAUCCAUUUCAGUUUGUUCGUCGUUCUGCUGCUCUCAUUCUUUCCGCCGAUUACAGAAUCCAGCAAUCAGUUUUGUGAAGCUGGGACUAGUUAUGGUUAUCCAGACUGUGGAAUCUCAUCUUCAUCUCAGUGGUCAUCACCAUCAAAGAUUUUGAUAAAGGGAGGAACAGUUGUGAAUGCUCAUCAUCAAGAGAUUGCUGAUGUGUAUGUAGAGGAUGGGAUUAUUGUUGCUGUCAAGCCUAAUCUCAAGUACCAUCUGCAGGUUGGCAGCAAUGUGACUGUGCUUGAUGCCACUGGAAAGUUUGUCAUGCCAGGAGGAAUUGAUCCUCAUGCUCACCUAGCAAUGGAGUUUAUGGGUUCCAGGUCCAUUGAUGACUUCUUCAGUGGUCAAUCUGCUGCUUUAGCAGGGGGAACAACAAUGCACAUUGACUUUGUUAUCCCAACAAAUGGAAGUUUAUCUGCUGGUUUUGAAGCCUAUGUAGAAAAAGCCAAGAAGUCGUGCAUGGAUUAUGGUUUCCAUAUGGCCAUAACCAAAUGGGAUGAAUCAGUGUCAAGAGAAAUGGAAAUCAUGGUUAAGGAGAAAGGUAUCAACUCUUUUAAGUUUUUCCUAGCCUACAAGGGGUCUUUUAUGGUAAAUGAUGAGCUUCUAUUGGAAGGACUUAAAAAGUGCAAGUCUCUUGGUGCCUUGGCUAUGGUCCAUGCUGAAAAUGGAGAUGCUGUAUUUGAAGGACAGAAAAGGAUGAUUGAACUUGGAAUUACUGGUCCAGAGGGACAUGCACUUUCGAGACCCCCAGCACUUGAAGGAGAAGCAACGGCUCGAGCUAUUCGUUUGGCUGGUUUUGUGAACACACCUCUCUAUGUUGUCCAUGUUAUGAGCAUUGAUGCAAUGGAAGAAAUAGCUAAAGCUCGGAAAUCAGGGCAGAGGGUUACUGGGGAGGCAGUUGUUUCAGGAUUAGUCCUUGAUGAUUCCAGGCUCUGGGAUCCUGAUUUUACAACUGCUGCCAAGUUUGUAAUGAGCCCCCCUAUUAGAUCAUUAGGACAUGGAAAGGCUCUCCAAGGUGGCCUCUCAACUGGAGUUCUGCAGCUAAUAGGAACGGAUCACUGUACCUUCAAUUCCACUCAGAAAGCUCUUGGGAUUGAUGAUUUUCGCAAAAUUCCAAAUGGGGUCAAUGGUAUUGAAGAGAGGAUGCAUCUAGUUUGGGAUACAAUGGUGGAAUCUGGCCAGAUACCUGUCACUGAUUAUGUCCGGUUAACAAGCACAGAAUGUGCUAGGAUCUUUAAUAUAUAUCCAAGGAAAGGAGCAAUAUUGGUUGGAUCGGAUGCAGAUAUAAUCAUACUCAACCCAAAUUCAAGCUUUGAAAUAAGUGCCAGUACUCACCGCUCUAGAACAGAUACAAAUGUCUAUGAGGGAAGGAGGGGGAAGGGACGGGUUGAAGUAACGAUUGCUGGAGGGCGGAUUGUUUGGGAAAAUGGCCGACUGGAGGUGGCUCCGGGCUCUGGAAAGUACAUAGAAAUGCCGCCUUUCGGUUAUAUAUUUGAUGGAAUUGACAAAGCAGACGCCAAAUAUCUAUCUUCCCUGCGAGCUCCGGUAAAGAGAUUCAAAGCAACAAGUUGAGAAACAGAAUUGCAAAACUCAAUGAAGGUAUGUAGUGUUUAAGCUAGAAUAAGCCAAGAGAAAUGCAGACGGCAAUGCUGCUUGCAUAUCGAUUGUAAACUUGGCACUAGAUAGAUUUGGGUGAAUUGAUGAGAAAAUUUAUCUUCGGGAUUUUGUCUCGAAAUACUCUAAUUUUAGUUAAAUAACCAGAGAUAUAUGUGGGUAUAUAUUUAUCUACGACUAUUCUCAUUUGGGCA